GAGAGCUUCUUUAGUGCCACACUACUCCAACAGCAAUUGUUGCUGGCUGUAUUUGUCCUGUGUCUGAGUGCACUGGUGUGUCAAAGGAAGGGAAGGACCAGCAGCCAUGGAUGACGUAUAUAAAGCAGCGGUUGAGAACUUGACAGAGGAGCAGAAAAAUGAGUUCAAGGCUGCGUUUGACAUCUUCAUCCAGGAUGCAGAGGAUGGCUGCAUCAGCACCAAAGAGUUGGGGAAGGUGAUGAGGAUGCUGGGACAGAAUCCCACCCCUGAAGAGUUACAGGAGAUGAUUGAUGAGGUGGAUGAGGACGGCAGUGGCACAGUAGAUUUUGAUGAGUUCUUGGUUAUGAUGGUCCGCUGUAUGAAGGAGGAGAGCAAAGGAAAAUCAGAGGAGGAGUUGGCUGAGCUGUUCCGCAUGUUUGACAAGAAUGGCGAUGGCUACAUAGACUUAGAAGAGCUGAAGACCAUGCUGGAGUCAACAGGAGAGGCCAUCACAGAAGAUGAUAUUGAGGAGCUGAUGAAGGAUGGAGACAAAAACAAUGAUGGGAAAAUUGAUUAUGACGAGUUCCUGGAGUUUAUGAAAGGUGUUGAAUAAAGGAUUCAGCUGGAGGCCUCACACUGCAACACUGUCACUUUCCAUUGACUGCACCAUCAUCUAAGGCCUGAAGGCAUGCCUCCACCUUUGUUUUCUUUUUUACAAACAAAGCACCUGUCCUCAGUAGACCCCUGCCCUGUCAGUUAUUCUCAAACAACCUUACUGAUGUUCUGAAAGGUUUGCUGAAAGAAUUCAUUGACUGCAAGCAUCUUUAUUUCUGAUCAUGAUGAUAAAUCAAAGUGUCAUUUGUAAAGACUAUUUUCAUUAAAAAGAUAUCCAUAAUUGCAUAUUUGGUCUGCCAAAAUAUGUGAUGUAAGACAUUCAUUAAACAACUUUUUACAUUUUAAGAAAAAAUAACACAGAAACCUGAAGACAUAGUAAAGUAGCUUUUGGUAAGGGGAGGGUUUUGAAUGUUUACUCCAGUGUUGCUUUACAGAUGUUAAAUAAAUAUUAACAGUAAUAGUCAUUAAACCACACUUCCAUCUUAAUAAAUCCUCAUUUUACAUCUUGAGAAAAAUAACUCCUGAAGACACUGAAAACUGGCACAGUAACACUGAUUUUGGAAAGGGCUGGUUUUGAAUAGUCAUGGUUCACUUGGUAUACACUCAGGAUGGCCUAUUUUGGGACCAACCGCCAGCUGAGAAGCACUGAGCACUGAGAAGGAUGAAACACUCACAAUGGCAAAACAUAAAUCGUCUGUGUCCUCCAUAUUUAGUUAAUCGUUUUCUGGGUAUAUUAGAUGGAGCCUUUUAAAUGGGGCACAAUGCAGUCUGAAGAGGAUCCAGACCCUGAAUUGUGAUGCCGCUUUGCAUUAGUGUGGAGGAGAGAAAGCAGGACCUGCAUGAAUCAGCAUCAUGCAAAGUGGACUCUUAACCUUUUGGUAGACCUCUACAUAUAGUUCAAUGCACCCACCAGUAGAUGGUGUAAUAACCUGAGGAAAGAGAAAGAGAUGACUCCCCCACCUGAAAACUGAUGUUAUAUGAACUUUGACCUCUGGAUAGAGGAAAGAAUGUACUUGUUGACUCAUUUGGUGUACUGCUUUCCACAGAAGGGCAACAGAACAACAUUAACAACUGUAAGUGUAACACUGGCUAGCUGAGCCCAUCACAUACAGCAUACAUGCACUGCCAACAAGUGUAGAAGCCUGUCUCUUAUGUUAAUUAGAUGGCAAACGCUGUAUUUGUUUGGUAUAUUAGUCACGAAAAUAACACUUUAAACAUUAUAUCUUUAAUUCUU